AACUAUGAAUGCAAGAAAACUAGUAGUGUCCCAAACUCAAAUUCCUCAAUCUAUCAGAAACUCCCUUCUUUAUGCUGUAAUGGAGCCACCCAAUUCAGCCCCACCAUUUACACCCAAGCCCCCGUCAAUUUUAGCUACUGGUCUUCUGAAAUCAUAUUUCGAAAGGGGUUUAAUUAGAGAAGCACGUACACUGUUCGAUGAAGUGCCUGAAAGAGACGUUGUCGCUUGGACGACCAUGAUUUCUGGGUACACUUCAUGUAAUCUCCAUGGACGUGCUUGGGUUGUUUUUUGUGGGAUGAUGAGAUGUACGGAUGUGCGGCCCAAUGAGUUUACGUUGUCUAGUACGUUGAAGGCUUGUAAAGGGAUGAGCUCAUCGUCUCGUGGAGCUUUGGUUCAUGGUUUGGUUGUUAAGCAAGGCAUGAGUGCAAGUCUUUAUGUCUCGAAUGCACUCUUGGACGUUUAUGCUACUUGUUGUGUUAAUAUGGAUGAAGCGUCUGCGGUUUUUCAUGAGAUUAGAGGGAAAAAUGAUGUGUGUUGGACUACUUUAAUCGCGGGAUAUACUCAUCGUGGUGAUGGAUAUAUGGGGCUUAAUGUUUUUAGAAGAAUGUUAUUGGAAGAGGGCAAAUCGAGCCCAUUUAGCUUUUCAAUUGCAGUUAGAGCUUGUGCCUCGGUCCAUUCAUGUACAUAUGGGAAGCAACUUCAUGCUGCAAUUGUCAAGCAUGGAUUGGAAUUUAGUCUACCCGUAAUGAAUUCUAUUUUAGAUAUGUAUUGUAGGUGUGGCAGCUUAAAUGCUGCAAAGCAAUGCUUCCAUGAAAUGACCCAAAGGGAUUCAAUCACGUGGAACACUUUGAUUGCUGGCUAUGAGAAGUCUGAUCCAUAUGAAUCUAUCAGCACAUACUCGAAUAUGGAGUCUGAAGGUCUUAGCCCCAACUGCUUCACAUUUUCCAGCGUCAUAGCGGCUGUGGCCAAUUUGGCAAUUUUGAGCUGUGGAGAGCAAAUUCAUGGAAGAAUCAUAAAGAGAGGCCUUAGGGGGAACUUGGAGUUGGACAAUGCCUUGAUAGACAUGUACGCGAAGUCAGGAAACAUUGCAAGUGCACGUAGAAUUUUUGAUAAAAUGCCCACGAGAAAUCUGGUUUCGUGGACCUCAAUGAUGAUUGGUUAUGGAAGCCAUGGAUAUGGAAAUGAAGCUGUUGACUUUUUUGAAGAGAUGGUUAAGUUUAAAGUCAGGCCUGAUAGGAUAGCAUUCAUGGCAGUUUUAAAUGCAUGUAGUCAUGCUGGGCUUGUGGAUAAAGGUGUAAAUUAUUUUAUCUCAAUGGUUAGUUAUUACAACAUAGCUCCAGAUCCGGAGAUUUUUGGGUGUUUAGUUGAUUUGCUAGGACGCGCUGGAAGAGUUGAGGAAGCAUUUAAGUUGAUAGAGAGUAUGCCAUUUGAUCCCGAUGAAUCUGUUUGGGGAGCAUUCCUAGGAGCAUGUAAAGAACACAAUCAUCCAGAUUUAGGCAAGCUGGCCAUAAGAAAGGUGUUGGCAUUGAAGCCAAAAAUUGCAUCAACUUAUGUAGUUCUGUCAAAUAUCUAUGCAGCUGACGGUAAAUGGGGUGACUCUGCAAAAAUGAGGAAGUUGAUGAGAUGGAGGGCUACCAAGAAAGAGGCAGGGAGAAGUUCAGUAGAGAUAAAGAAUCAGAAUUAUAGUUUUGUUGCUGGAGAUAAGAUGGGUUCACAUAUGGAUUGUGUUAAUGAAGUUGUGAAAAUCCUGGUCAAACAUAUGAGAGACGCACGAUAUAUUCCUGAUUUGGACUUCUUUAUACAUGACUUAGAAGAUGGAACUUGAAAAGUAACAGCAAUGAGGUACAAAGUGCUUGCUGUUUUAUAUGUUCGUAUAAGUCGUUUAUUCUUUUGGUGCAGCUGAUUUCAAGUAGAUGCAACACAAAUAGAUUCAUUUUCUUCAGAAGUUGCAUUGCGUUCUAUACAAGGAGAGCUCUUUUACAGAAAGUUGAGGGUGCAUAACCAAUCAGUUUUGAUCAAUAGCUGAUGCUGUGAGAAAAGGAAAUGUAACCAACUAAAAUCAUUUUUUUGGCCAUGAUGCAGUACACAUUUGAAGUUCAUGGAAAGCAAGCUCUUGAUUAUACUGAACUUUUGGAGUCUAGUGAAUUUUCUGAAUUCUGAAAUGCUCUUGGGCAGAUCCAGUGAGGGGACAUUGUUAUUAUGGGAAGAUAGAAGAACUCUAUGAUGAUAUUGAAAUUGUGCAUGUGUUCGUUAAUUGUUACCAUUUCUGAAAGGAAAAACAGCUCGGUACCAAACAUGGACUAGCGGAUAUGAAUUCAUAGGAAAGCACGCUUGGUUAUACAAAUAAUGUAGACUCCACAGGAUCUUCUGACUUAUAAAAUGUUUUGGAAGGUCCAAUACAGGUACAUUGUAAUUAUUUGAGGAAUAAUGUGAUCUUUUAGAGAUUUGCGUCUGCUGUCUUUGCAAUUCGGGGAGGAAACUCAGUGGUAUUGCUAAGUCUCAGAUCUGUAUACUAAAAUGACCAUUCUUUAGGAGGUAAAACACACUCUACUUAUACAUCAAAGUGGUUUGGAUUGUGUUGGUAUAUGUCUUGUCUCGGGGGUAUUGUGGGAUGGCUGCUGUUUCUGAGCCAGUCAGUUGCAAUAGCUCAUUGUCUAAGGAAAAAGUGGGACAUCAUUCACAACAUGCGCCAGCCAGUCAACAGGUUAUGCAGCGUCGUUGAUCAAUGCCCAGAUUGAUGCACAGGAGUGACAUUCGCGUAGAAUCAUAGGUUGUGGGGAACCAACAAAACAGAUCAGAUAGUUUGCUCGUUAGCAGGCGGAGAUGUAAAAUUUAAAGUUCACCCUCCCAGUAGAUAAAAUACAUGACAACUAGAAAGGGAGAUGAAUAUGAAAUUACAGGCUCAUGGAAACCUUCUUUGCUGCUUUGAUUCUCUUAUCUUAUCCUGAGAACAAGUCAUGAUUCUGAGAAAUAAGAACAUGUUAAUGGCAGUUUUACAAGAGUAUUGCUG